AUGCGCGCAUCAUCGCUUUUGGCUGUUGCGUUGAUAUCUCUGGCGUUGGCGCAGCCUCAUGUCAAAUUUCGCGAAGAAGGCUCCGAGGAGCAGCAAAUUGCCAAACUCAUCGAGGAGAUCAAGGCUGAUGUUCUGCAAUCUCUCGAUGAGAGCGUAGAGACGAUGCGUAAGCGUGGCGAGCAAGCCUCUUGCAAUGCAAGAAACAUCGUCUUCCGCCGCGAGUAUGGCUCGCUCUCCAAGCAGGAACGGCUGGGUUACAUCGAAGCUGUCAAAUGCUUGCAGAAGCUUCCGGCCCGGACUCCCCAGAGCGAAGCUGCUGGCGCCAAGUCUCGUUUCGAUGACUUUGUUGUGGUCCACAUCCAACCGACCUUGGACAUUCACUUCUCCGGCGUCUUCCAGCCCUGGCACCGUUGGUUCCUUCACAGAUACGAGAAGGCGCUGCGGGACGAGUGCGGAUACAUGGGGUAUCAGCCCUAUUGGGAUUGGGCGAAGUCUCAUACCGCCACUGAGAAAUCGCCCGUCUUCAACGGAGACUCGUAUAGCCUGGGUGGCAAUGGUGACUCCAUCCCUCAUCAAGGUCCAGUCAUUGUUCCUCCUGCAAGACUGGGCGGCGGCAGCAUCCAGCUUCCCGCGGGAGUUGGUGGUGGCUUCGUGACCACCGGCCCAUUUGCCAAUGUGACCAUCAAUCUCGGCCCCACAGAACAGCUUGAAGGCAAGAAUAUCCUCCCCAGCGUGUCCGAGGACCCCGAGUUGAGCCGACCCUCCAUGUUCCCGUGCAAGCCUUCCAACGCCACCCAUGAAGAGACGGCCGUUUCGGAAUCUGUUGUGUCGAACUGCAAGUCGCCACCGGCAAGCUCAGUUUCGUCCUCGUCUGUCUCAACAGCCACCGAUGGCGGCUUUGGAGGCGGCAGUCUGUUCGAUGUACCGCCGCCGCCCAAGCUGGACGGAAACGAAAAGGAGAAGACGUGCCCUUACUGCUACCUAGUGUUGCCAGCCAAGACAUUCUCUACCGUGAAGCGGUGGGAACGACAUCUCGUUGAAGACUUGCAGCCGUACAUCUGUCUGUUUGCCAACUGCAGCCUGCCUGGGAAGACAUACUCUUCUUUCAAAGCCUGGCAGAGGCAUCUCAGCCAGCCUCACUACAGGAGUUGGCAUUGCUCCUUGCACCCAAAGGACGGCAGCAGCGACGGCGCCGACGACGAGGCGCUCACGUUCGACAGCUUGCUCAAGUUCAAGACGCAUCUCAGGAUUUUCCACCUGGAUCUUGACCCAUCGUCUGUCGAAGACUCGUUCCGACAUGGCCACCAGCUGGCGGCCUUGCCGCAGUGGUGUUUUGUCUGCUUCGAAGCACUGCCCCAAACUGCCUCCCUGCUGAAGCACAUGGCCAACCAUUUCAAAUCAAUGUCUUGUUGGCGCUGCCUUGGCGCAACGACAUCACUGAAGAGGAAGCGAUAG